GGGGUCAAGCUUUUGGUGUCUUGGAGAAGGUCUUUAGGGUCAAGCUACUAGGGACUUGGAAGGACCUUUCGGAUCAAGCUUUUAGGGUCUUGGAAGGACCUUUGGGAUCAAGCUUUUAGGGCCUUCAAAAGACCUUUGGGGUCAAGCUUUUAGGGCCCUUUAUGGUCACGCUUUUAGGGCCCUGGAAAGGUCUUUAGGGAUUUAUUUAUUUUGGGGGGGAAAGGGAUGUCCUCUCCGUCGAAGCCCGCUUCCCCCGGAGGGGCCGGGUUGCUGCAAGGGAGCCGGACCCGAUCCUACGGCAGCCUGGUCAAGACGGUCAGCUCGCCCGUGCGGGAAAGGCGGCUGGAGCAUCGCCUCGAACCUGGGGAUACCCUCCAAGGCUUGGCGGUCAAGUACGGGAUCACGACCGAGCAGAUCAAGCGGGCCAACCGUCUCUACACCAACGACUCCAUUUUCCUGAAGAAGACUCUCUUCAUCCCGGUGCCGAUGGAGCCGAAGUCCUUGUCGAAUGGGUUAAAUCUCGACGAGGACGAAGAGGAGAAGGAGGAGGGAGAGCAGGCCACCGCCACAAGAGCGGGAGACGAGCCGGGACCCGGAGCCCCCGAAACCCCCAAGAAGCAGAAGCACCCUCGGAAGAACGGGUCCUCAAGCAGCGUCCCCAAACACGACCUCUCGGCCUCGGACUUCCUCUUCAAACUGGACUCUGAGAUCCGCCGCUCGAAGCAGGCCGCCACCAAGAAGCUGCGGGACGGGGAGAGCCUGGCUUCCAGGGACGAUGCGGAAUGGCCCGUCCACACGCUCUCCUCUUCCUCCUCCUCUUCCUCCUACCAGAACGAGCUGUCUCCGCGCAGCCAGCAGCGGGCUCUCCUGGGCCCCGUCCCGCUCACCAAAAUCGCCCGCGCCGACUCCAUCCGCGACCAAGAGGACGAGAUCUUCAAGCUCUGAGGGGACUCUCCACCGCUCAGCUGCCCGACCCCGGUUAUUUCCUCUUUCCAUCUGGGAUUUUCGCUCCUCGUCGGGGGUCCCUUGUUCUUACCCUCCCGCCUGCACGAUGGUGACAACUUCCCAACGAAUCCAGGAAUUAUUCGUCUGGAGAAAAUGCGAUAAUGCAGGACGUCAACGAGGGAAGCGGCGGAAUAAUGCGGGGUCGGAAAUACGGAUUGCAGCCCUUCCUCCUACCCGGAUUGGGAGACCCCUUGUGUGUUUCGAGAGACUUUCUUGUGGCCCAAUUUUCCCCCAACCCCUAAAUCUUUCUAUUUAUUGCCUGAAGUGCUUUCCUGCCCUUUUGCACGGUGCAAUUAUAGUGCCGUGAUUCCGCCAGAAGCGCCGAACUGCGUCAUCCCUUCGGUUUAUUGUUUGCUCCCUGCAGCAAAGUCCAAGUCCCUUUGCUUACACUAUCAUUAGUAGUGCGCCAGGAAAAGUAUAAUUGAUGCACUACGGUUGCACCGUGGGUGUGUUUUCUUGCCCCAUCCUGCCCUUUUGCACGGUGCAAUUAUAGUGCUGUGAUUCCGCCAUAAGCGCCGAACUGCGUCAGAUUCCGCCAGAAAAGUCUUUGUCCCUUUGCUUAGUAGUGCGCCAGCAAAAGUGGAAUUGAUGCACUACAGUUGCACUGUGGGUGUUUUUUCUUGCCCUUUCCUGCCCUUUUGCACGGUGCAAUUAUAGUGCAAAAGCGCCAAACUGCAGCCCUUGGGUUUGUUGUUUGCUCCCUCCAGCAAAGUCCGAGUCCCUUUGCUUACACUAUUAUAAGUAGUGCGCCAGCGAAAGUGGAAUCAAUGCACUACAGUUGCACGGUGGGUGUGUUUUCUUGCACUAUCCUGCCCUUUUGCACGGUGCAAUUAUAGUGCCGUGAUUCCGCAGAAGCGCCGAACUCCGUCAUCCCUUCGGUUUGUUGUUUGCUCCCUCUACCAAAGUUUAAGUCCCUUUGCUUACACUAUUAUUAGUAGUGCUCCAGCAAAAGUGGAAUCGAUGCACUACAGUUGCACCGUGGGUGUGUUUUCUUGCCCUUUCCUGCCCUUUUGCACGGUGCAAUUAUAGUGCAAAAAUGCCAAACUGUGGCAUCCUGCAAAGCCCUUGGGUUUGUGGUUCGCUCCCUCCAGCAAAGUCCGAGUCCCUUUGCUUACACUAUUAUUAGUAGUGCACCAGCAAAAGUGGAAUUGAUGCACUACAGUUGCACUGUGGAUGUGUUUUCUUGCACUAUCCUGCCCUUUUGCACAGUGCAAUUGUAGUGCCAUGAUUCCACCAGAAGCACCGAACUGCGUCAUCCUUUCGGUUUGUGGUUUACUGCCUCCAACAAAGUCCGAGCCCCUUUGCUUACACUAUUAGUAGUGCGCCAGCAAAAGUGGAAUCGGUGCACUACAGUUGUGCCGUGAGUGUGUUUUCUUGCAAUUUCUUGCCCUUUUGCAGGGUGCAAUUAUAGUGCAAAAGCGUCGAACUGUGGCAUCUUUCAAAACCCUUGGGUUUGUGGUUUGCUCCCUCCAGCAAAGUCCCAAGUCCCUUUGCUUACAUUAUUAAUUGUAGUGCGCCAGCAAAAGUGGAAUCGCUGCACUACGGUUGCACCGUGGGUGUGUUUUCUUGCCCUUUCCUGCCCUUUUGCACGGUGCAAUUAUAGUGCAAAAGUGCCGAACUGUGGCAUCUUGCAAAACCCUUGGGUUUGUGGUUUGCUCCCUCCAGCAAAGUCCGAGUCCCUUUGCUUACACUAUUAUAAGUAGUGCGCCAGCAAAAGUGGAAUCGAUGCACUACAGUUGCACUGCGCAUGUGUCCCCAAAAAAGCUGAAAAUUAACUUGACGCAACACCUGAAUAUAUCUUUUUGGAGUCUGGUUGCCUACUACAGCAAACCAGAUUAAAAAUGGAGGCAUUCUUCUGUUUUCAAUGUCAGCUGGUGAUCAGAUUCCUCUCGUUUUCGGAUCCGAGGAAGAAAGAACGAAUUGUUGCAACGCAGCCCCUUGUGUCUCCGUCCAACCUUCCUCUUCUUGUCUUUUCCUUCCGGAUCCUCCGGCAAUGCUACUGUCGCCUAAACUGUGAUUAAAACAAGGCGUCCCAUCAA